CUCUCCAAAUCGCCGUCAUUAAUUAAUUAAUUCUCUAGUUAAGUUACACAUUCUUUGCGCGCAUUGCAUCUCUCCAGAUCUCAGGAGGUCUUUGCACUUGGACGGUCGAAUAUUCCGAGUCGCAUUCGUGGCUUCAUUAUUGCGAGACGAAAGCCCCGUUGCCAACUCCUUGCUACACCUUCAUAGUAUCUUGUGUCGUACUUUUUGGUCGCGGAAAAAAUUCCAGGGUUUAGUUAACCCUGGUGACCGUUUGCAGAACUCAGGUUCUGAAGAAUUGGGCCUUACCUGCUGAGAUCUGUCAUUUUGCGCAUUAUAACUGUUGCUUGAGAGAGGACCAUCAACUUUCGAAUUGGUUUCAUUGCAGCAGAAGGAAACGAGUGCCCCUCAUCGGCCGAUUUGAGUCAUGGCGGACUGGAACCCAACUUCGUGGACUACGAAGCCAAUCAAGCAAGAUGUCACAUACGAAGACGCCGAAGGCGUGCAGACUGCGCUCACGAAGCUGCAGCAACUACCGCCGCUGGUAACCCCGCAGGAGAUCGUCAAUCUUAAGAAGAGUUUAAGGAAUGUCGCUUUGGGAAAAGCCUUCGUUCUUCAGGGAGGAGACUGCGCUGAACUAUUCGACUACUGCAACCAGGAGAUGAUCGAGGCCAAGGUCAAACUCCUGUUACAGAUGAGUCUGAUUUUGAUUUGGGGAGCCAACAAACCUGUGGUCCGUAUAGCUCGAAUUGCAGGCCAGUUUGCCAAACCUCGUUCGAGCCCCAUGGAAACCAUCAAUGGUGUCACGAUGCCUUCUUUCCGAGGAGACAAUAUCAACGGCUAUCCCGCAGACGCCAUUUCUCGAAGACCAGACCCAUCCCGACUGGUCUCUGCAUACUUCCACUCCGCCGCAACACUCAACUACCUCCGCGCGUCCCUGACAUCCGGUCUUGCGGACCUGCACUCUCCCCUAGACUGGGGCCUUGGCCAUGUGGCCAGCCCAUCAAUCAAAGAGAAGUACGAACGGAUAGUCAACCGCGUCACGGACUCAUUACGGUUCAUGCGCACAGUCGGCCUCGACACAGCCAGAGGCAUCGAAACCGUCGACAUCUACACAAGUCACGAAGGUCUCCUUCUCGAAUACGAACAGAGCCUAACCCGUCUCCUCCGCCACCCACCCAACGCUCUGCCUGAAUCCGAUCUCACAUCCCCAUCCACUCGCAAGGCCUCUAUCGCCUCAACAUCCGGAACCCCUCCACCAAGAGGCUACUACGCCACCUCCGCUCACUUCCUCUGGAUCGGCGACCGCACUCGCCAGCUCACAGGCGCCCACGUCGAGUUCUUCCGCGGUCUAUGUAACCCAAUCGGCAUCAAGAUCGGACCCAGCAUGGCUCCCGACGAACUCGUCGCUCUCCUCGACGUCGUCAAUCCAACAAAGGAAAUCGGAAAAGUCACCCUCAUCUCGCGCUACGGCGCAAAGAAAAUCGCCGACCACCUCCCCGCUCAUAUCGCCGCCGUUCAGAAAUCAGGCCACAUACCCGUCUGGCAAUGCGAUCCCAUGCACGGAAACACCCAGACGACCCCGUCGGGUGUGAAGACGCGCCACUUUAGCGAUAUCCUCUCUGAAUUGAAGCAGGCGCUCGCUAUCCAUCGUGAAGCGGGCUCUUUCCUCGGCGGUAUGCAUCUCGAAUUGACCGGUGAGGCCGUCACGGAGUGUGUGGGUGGUGCGGGUGGUUUGACUGAGGAGGGUCUGAGUGAGAGGUACACGACAUUCUGUGAUCCGCGCUUGAAUGAGAAGCAGGCUUUGGAGCUGGCGUUCCUUGUUGCUGGGUUCUAUCGCGAGGAGAUGGAAGAGAGUAAUCCUAUUUAAGAGAGAAUAUUGUCAUCUAUCUCUUGGAUCUGUUUGUAUACGUUCUAUUAAAAAAGAAAAGAGGAAGGCGAGUGGGAAAAGUUAUGAAAAAUGAAGAUAUGAUAGAGACAUAA